CCACGGCGGCAGCACUGUUGGCGGCGAUGGGGCCGGAUUGGCGCCGCCGCCGGUUCUUUGCUGCCUGGAGGGCGCUGUGCUGAGUGAUUGGUGGCCUCUGGUGGUGCUGCCGCCGACAGCGACGGCGACUCUGGCAGCGGAGGAGUUGAACACCUUGCUUCUUGGAGAGCAUUGUGCAAAUGAAGCAUGGCUGCGUCACUUACUAGUUGACUUCGGUCUGGUGCUAGAGGCCUUGUACCCGAUUCCAUGGCACAGCCAGCCGCUUGGCGUUAACGCCAACGACGCCCACGCCGACCCAUGGGUCAGCCCCGCCCCUGCAUCGGAACUCCAUGCAGCUGUACGGCUGGAUUGUACAACUGCCAACGACAAUCUUGCCAGCAACACGACAGUUAAGGGUGAUGCUGAUGAGGACAACUCCACAUACUCAACCGCCUCUUGCAAUGCAGCGGACGACACAUCUCUCACGGCUUCUCACCCCGAUGCUGUUCCACCGUCACCAGCACCGCCGGCAUCAACCCAUGAGGCGAUUCCAGCGACGCCAGCAUCAACCCAUGAGGCGAUUCCAGCGACGCCGGCAUCAACCCAUGAGGCGAUUCCAGCGACGCCGGCAUCAACCCAUGAGGCGAUUCCAGCGACGCCGGCAUCAACCCAUGAGGCGAUUCCAGCGACGCCGGCAUCACCGCCUUCUUGGCGCUCUCACAAUGACAGUCGCUUCGCUGCGGUUUCCCCGCCGCGAUCCGAGCCAGCGCAGCGGAGCGGACCAUCUGCUGUCGUAGAGGAGCUCCAAUUCUUCGGAUUCUCCGCCAGUGCAGAUGCGACGGUUGACAGCAUGCUGCAGACGCCGACCACCACGAGCUCGGCUAGUGUUGCUUCGGGCCCCAACAGCGCUGCUUCCACUGCUACUACCACUGCUGCCAUAAACUCCAUUCCUGCGGCUGUUCCCCUUGGGGUUUCAAGUGUGGAUACUGCUGCUGGUGUCGCUACAUCUAGUGCUCCUGCUGCCACCGCACUUUCUGCCGUUGCUGGAGGUACCGGGGUGAACCUCCAUGAGGGCGCAGCAGUCGCUAGCGACUCACUCGGCGGUGGCCUCGACGCUCCGGCUGGAUCUGCUGAUGCUUGCCUUACUGACGACGGCCACGGCGAAGGAGCGGGAAGCGUUAUCAGCAGGGUUGCUGCGGUUUCAGCUGCUGCCGUACCCGCCCCAAGCUAUACCGUUGGUGACAGAAGUGGUGCCGAAGGUUUGCGGCGGAUCCAACGACGGCAGCAGGCGGAGCGAGACGAAGAGCAAAGGGAGCAGCGGAGGCGGGAACAGCAGCAGCAGCUGGAGCUACGGGCACGAGCAUUGCUGGCGUUCUUCCUUAAAUGGGGAUUCUACAACUGCUCCCUAGUCGUCGUAGAGUACUUAUCGACACGAGGCAGCUGUGUUACCGACGUCAAUACAGCAGUCACCGACCGGCCCGCCGCCGCCACCGCUACUGCUGUGUCUAUGCCACCACUACCAAGGCCUCAUGACGUCGCCGCCGCUGUCUCUGCCGCCGAUCCGACAGCAUAUGUCAACCUCCCGGAAGGGAGAUUGAGAGUAGCAACGGCAGCGGCAGAAACGAAGAAGAACGACGAUUAUGGCUUCGGCUCCCAGGACGCUCAUCCUGACCUUUGCGCGGCUCGCAACCGCAAAUCGGGCGUGACCGCAGCAUCUAUCAGCAGCAGCAGCGGCUGCGACAGCAACCGCUUUCACCAGCAGCAGCAGCUGUCUCCCUCGUUGCCCCCAGUUGCCAGUUGCUCGUCAGGUGCCGUAGUGGAGCGUCGGUUGGGUAAUGGCGCUGGUAGUGCUGCCGUCUCCGUUGCCGCUGAUGCCACGUGCACCGCCAUGGGUGUCGCUUAUGCUGCCGAGCGAGGCCCUCCUGC